GUUUCCUUGUUUCAUCUUUGUAGUUGGAUUUCCGUGUAGCUUUGUCAACAUUAAAUUACUAAUACAUACAUACAUACACACAUAAUCUUAACCAAACCAAUUUCAUAAUUUAAUAGUGUUUUUUUUUGCUUCAAUGAAUGAAAAUUGAAAAGUUUAAGUCAUAGCAAACACUACUAGCUGUUGCUUCAUACUUUCUAUGUGACUAUUGUAACUUCCUUUUUUUUUGCUCUACUGUUUGGAUUCAGAUCCCCAUUGUUUUGCUUUGGUGGAACAACUUACUCUAUUUGUUGGAACUGUGGUUUCUGAGGAUUUUAUUGGAUAAAAGAUAGUUUCUUUGCAUUUCUUUGGUUGUGUUUUCAACUGGGAUUUUUCUAUGAAGAGCGUUUAAUGAUUUUCUGAAGGACUCAUAUUUGAAGAAUAGGAAGAAGUCAAGGUUAGUAAAACAACAAGAGUUUUAAUCAUGUCUGUAACAUUAUUAAGGGUUGUCUCCUCUCCUAGCUUAGACCUCUCGAAUUCGACUGGUUUGCUUGAUUCUUUCGGUUUUGUGAAGCUCGUAGAAUCUCCGAGGUUCUUGUCUAGAGACUUUGGUUCAAUUAGAGCAAAAAAGGAUAAGAAAAAGAGAUGGAGAUUUUGCUCUUUGAGUACAGAUAUGAAGUAUGCAUGUGUUGGUCAGUCUGGUUUAGAGAGUUCUAGUAACUUCCCUUUGUUAUCAAAUGUGCUUGCGAACCCGACAGCAGGAGAAGUGGCUAUUUCGUCGGAGCAGAUGGUCUAUGAUGUGGUGCUGAAGCAGGCGUCUUUGGUUAAGAGGAAGCUGAGCUCUAGCAGUGAACUUGAGGUGAAACCGGAAAUUGUUUUGCCGGGAAAUUUGAGUUUGUUGAGUGAAGCCUAUGACCGUUGUGGAGAAAUUUGUGCAGAAUAUGCUAAAACAUUUUACCUGGGAACUCUUCUAAUGACUCCGGAAAGGCGAAGAGCUAUAUGGGCGAUAUAUGUGUGGUGUAGGAGAACAGAUGAACUUGUCGAUGGCCCAAAUGCUUCGCAUAUUACACCAACUGCCAUGGAUAGGUGGGAAUCGAGAUUGGAAGAACUUUUCCAAGGGCGUCCGUUUGAUAUGCUUGACGCUGCUUUAUCGGAUACGGUUGCCAAAUUUCCUGUUGAUAUCCUGCCAUUUAAAGAUAUGAUAGAAGGAAUGAGGAUGGAUCUAAAGAAGUCAAGAUACAAAAACUUCGACGAAUUAUAUCUCUAUUGUUACUAUGUUGCCGGAACUGUUGGUUUAAUGAGUGUUCCAGUCAUGGGAAUUUCGCCGCAUUCAGAAGCCACAACGGAGAGUGUGUACAAUGCUGCUUUGGCCUUAGGAAUCUCAAAUCAGCUAACCAACAUACUCAGAGAUGUUGGAGAGGAUGCCAGGAGAGGAAGAGUGUAUCUACCACAAGAUGAGUUGGCUCAGGCAGGGCUUUCGGAUGAUGAUAUUUUUGCCGGUAAGGUGACCGACAAGUGGAGGAACUUCAUGAAGAGCCAAAUUAAAAGGGCGAGAAUGUUUUUCGAUGAGGCAGAAAAGGGAGUGACCGAGCUUAAUGAAGCUAGCAGAUGGCCGGUGUGGGCGUCUUUGCUAUUGUAUCGCCAAAUAUUGGACGAAAUAGAAGCUAAUGAUUACAACACUUUCACUAAGAGGGCUUAUGUUAGCAAAGCAAAGAAGUUACUUUCUUUACCAAUGGCAUAUGCUAGAUCUAUGGUUCCUCCAUCAAGAAAGUUACCACAUGUAAUGAAGGCUUAGAUCCUAUAGUUAUUUAGAAAAAUGAACACAGGACAAACAAAAAAGUUAAAGCACAAUUUGUAUAUGAUGAAAUAAGGCUUGUAUUCA